AUGACCACGAGCACACCCCCACCACACCUUGACUUUCGCGCUUUCGUCGACGCUCUUCGAUCUGACAAUGAUUUGGCCGAUAUCAAUGCCGAAGUUGACCCUAAUCUCGAAGUAGCUGCCGUGACAAGGCGGGCAUACGAGCUCCAAUCCAAAGCCCCCCCUGGCGCCCACGAUGGCCUAUUCCGCAUCCUCGGGGCUUCAGGUGGCCUCUCCAGCGACCCGCAGUUCCCCUACCGUCGGCUCGUGAGACAUGUCGGCCUCUCUCCAAACGCCAGCCUCGGUGACUUCAUUGACAAGAUGCUCUCAGCAAAGGGGAAACCUGGAAUUCCUCCAGUCCACGUUGAGACCGGGCCUUGCAAAGAGAACAAACUGUUUGGCAAUGAUAUUGACCUGACGAAGCUGCCUGCCCCGCUCCUCAACAAGGCCGAUGGCGGUAACUACAUCCAAACGAUGGGCAUCAAUAUCGUCCAGCAUCCUACUAAAGCCUGGGUCAACUGGUCGAUUGCCCGCGCAAUGGUUUUAGACAAAACGCGCAUGGUCGGAUUGAUCAUGAAGCCGCAACACAUCGCACGCAUUUACGCGCAAUGGAUAGAAUCAGGGAAGGAUAUGCCCUUUGCAAUUGCGCUGGGUGCUCCGCCCAUCGCCGUAAUGGCUAGUAGCAUGCCUCUCCCGGAGGGUGUUACGGAAUCCGAGUACGUCGGUGCCCUAUGCGGCGAGCCACUAGAGCUGGUUAAAUGCGAGACAAACGAUCUGUAUGUUCCGGCGCGGAGCGAGAUCGUCAUUGAAGGUACUGUGUCCAUCACCGAACGGGCCAAGGAGGGUCCUUUUGGCGAGAUGCACGGCUACAGCUUCCUGGACGAGGAGUUGAUGGAGCCAAUCUACAACGUAGCGGCUAUAACUUAUCGUAGCGGAAACGCGAUUCUUCCCAUCUCCGUUCCUGGCCGUGCGACAGGACCUGACGAAACCCAUACUCUCAUCGGCACACUCGCAUCGGCCGAAAUCAGGCAGCUUCUCCAAGAGAAUGGUCUUCCGGUGCUCAAUGUGUUUACUCCAUAUGAGACACAGGUUAUCUGGGCAGCAGUCCAGGUGGAUCGAAAGAAGCUUUGGGUACUGGAAACGAACGCUGAGGAGUUUUGUCGCAAGAUAGGCCAGCUUGUCUUCCGUCGUAAGUGCGGCAUGCAGAUCCAUCGACUUCUCAUCGUGGGCGACGAUAUCGACCCCUUCAACUUCAAGGAUGUUAUCUGGUCCUAUGCGAGCCGCUGCCGGCCGGGAAUGGACGAGUACCAUUUCGAAGAUGUUGCGGCCUACCCUUUGGUGCCGUACAUGUCCCAUGGCCCAGGAACCAAGUUGACUGGAGGUAAGGUCGUUGCCAAUUGUCUCUUGCCGCAUGAAUAUAAGCAGGAGCAGAUGUGGGUGACCUGCGAUUUUGAAAACGGGUACCCAGAGGAGAUCAAAGAGAAAGUCCUACGGCGAUGGUCAGAUUUUGGUCUUUAA